CUUUCAACAAGGGAAUUGAACAUGACGACACCUGCAACGUUAGUCUUUUAUCUGACGUGUUUGUUCUUGGGGAAAAUGGCCCAAAACAGUGAUGUGAAAUCUUCCUCAUUCGUUCAUCAAGAGAGUCGUUUCAUUUCAGCUAAUGUUGGUGAGAACGUGACUUUGCAAUGUUUCCAUGAAGGUGAUGAUUCUGCAUGGCUCUUCUGGUACAAACAAACGGUUGGACAGAAACCAAGGCUCAUAUCCACCUUCUAUGUGUUUGAUACAAGAAUCAGUUUUCAUAAUGAAUUCCAGAACAACCAACGCUUCACAGUGGAUACAAGAAAAAGUGUAUAUCACUUAAUGAUCACAAACGUGGAAAUUUCAGAUUCAGCUACCUACUUCUGUGCAACUAGCUAUAAUUUUGUCUUGGAUUUCGCAGAAGGGACUAUUGUCAGUGUAAGAAGUUUGGGUUUGAAUACUAAAGCUUCAGUACAUCAGUCAGCAUCUGAGACUAUGCAGCUCAGAGACUCUGUGACUCUGAACUGUACAGUACACACUGGAAGCUGUGGCGCAGAACACAGUGUUUACUGGUACAAAAAGGAAGAGGAAUCUCAUCCAGAAAUCAUUUAUACACAUGGAGUCAGGAAUGAUCAAUGUGAGAGGAAAGACAACACACAAACACAUACCUGUGUCUUCAACCUGCCGAUGAAGAGUCUGAAUCAAUCUCAUGCUGGUACCUACUACUGUGCUGUUGCUGCAUGUGGAAUCAUUGUGUUUGGAGAGGGAACCAAGCUGGAUUUUUCUCGAGAUGAAGUGGAGUCUCUUGCCUUGGUGUAUUACUUAAGUGGAGCAUUGACAUUCAGCACCAUCUUAGCUAUUGUACUGGCCUUCAGAGUAUACAAGAUGUUCAACAGAAACAACAGUCAGAGUGAAGAGCCUGAAACAAAAUCAUCAACCCCCUCCACAUCAAAUCAGCAGGGUUUUCGAGAUGCAGACAGCCUGCAUUAUGCUGCUAUAAAUGUUAAGCAGCCCUACAGAUCAAGAAGACAGAAGGACGUUAUGGACAGUAUGGGUGAAUGUGUGUACUCUAGCAUAAAACAAUGGGUAUUGAACAUGAUGACACCUACAAACUUAGUCUUUUAUCUGACUUGUUUGUUCUUGGGGAAAAUGGCCCAAAAGACUGAUUUGAAAUCUUCCUCAUCCAUUCAUCAAGAGAGUCGUGUUAUUUCAGUUAAUGUUGGUGAGAACGUGACUUUGCAAUGUUUCAAUGAAGAUGAUGAUUCUGCAUGGCUCUUCUGGUACAAACAAACUAUCGGACAGAAACCGAGGCUCAUAUCCACCAACAAAGUGGUUACAAAAAAAAGCGUAUAUCACUUGACAAUCACAAACGUGCAAAUUUCAGAUUCAGCUACCUACUACUGUGCAACUAGCGAUUAUUAUGUCUUGGAUUUCGCAGAAGGGACUAUUGUCAGUGUAAUAAGUUUGGGUUUGUAUACUAAAGCUUCAGUACAUCAGUCGGCAUCUGAGACUAUGCAGCUCGGAGACUCCGUGACUCUGAACUGUACAGUACACACUGGAAGCUGUGGCGCAGAACACAGUGUUUACUGGUACAAAAAGGAAGAGGAAUCUCAUCCAGAAAUUAUUUAUACACAUGGAGUCAGGAAUGAUCAGUGUCAGAGGAAUGACAACACACAAACACACACCUGUGUCUACAACCUGUCGAUGAAGAGUCUGAAUCAAUCUCAUGCUGGGACCUACUACUGUGCUGUUGCUGCGUGUGGAGGCAUUGUGUUUGGAGAGGGAACCAAGCUGGAUUUUUCUCGAGAUGAAGUGGAGUCUCUUGCCUUGGUGUAUUACUUAAGUGGAGCCUUGACAUUCAGCACCAUCUUAGCUAUUGUACUGGCCUUCAUAGUAUACAAGAUGUUCAACAGAAACAACAGUCAGAGUGAAGAGCCUCAAACAAAGUCAUCAACCCCCUCCACAUCAAAUCAGCAGGGUUUUCGAGACGCAGACAGCCUGCAUUAUGCUGCUAUAAAUGUUAAGCAGCCCUACAGAUCAAGAAGACAGAAGGAUGUUAUGGACGGUAUGGGUGAAUGUGUGUACUCUAGGAUAAAACUAUAAAAUCUAGCAUGUGGUUUAGUAAUAAAAUGCAAAUUUGUUGUAUUUUAAGUGUAAGUUAAUGUAGAUUUAGGUGGAAAUUUUAAAAUUUACUUGUGCAUCUUCCUCGUGCAGUGUGGACAUGGUAGAAAAAUCCAUCCGCUCCCCAAGUUUAUUGAGAAAUGUAUAUGGCAAGGAGAAAGGUAGAUUAAGGAUCUUUAGUGGUUCAUGGCUUCGCAUAUUGUCAUUGGACUGUAGAUGACUUUAUUGUACCUUAAGUGGAGCUUUAUUCUGUUUUGGACAAUAAAGAUAUUAUAGAGAGGCAUCCUGCUCAUCCCUGAGUGGGAUGAGUGUUUCAAUAUUUUUGACUAUUUCAAUCCAUGUGUGAUGACUACCUUGUGUGACUUUUCCUUUACUAAAGUGAUAUAUCUGUAACUAUUUCUGUAAACUAGACAUACACAAAUAAAGCUAU